CUUCUUCUUCCAAAAACCACCAGCUCUCUCUCUCUCUCUCCAUCAAUUCAACCUCCACACUAGUACUGGCCAAAACUGAAAAAUCAUUAACCAGCUCGCCCGUCAAGUUGCUUCUUGAACACGGCGGGCUGUUCACCUUUCGGGUUCCCGGAUCUCGGAAUUUGGGUCGGGUACAAGCAUUUUCGGCAGAUCUGCUCUGCGAAAACGGUUCUGCUUCUUCUGCUCCUUCUUCUUCUCCUUCUCUUUCUCACUACCCUCACUCUUCUUCUUGAACAUGUCCCUCUACCGCUUCGAUGCGGUCAGCACCGGAGCUGCAGUUGACACCUGGGCCUCCGGUUCUGGGUCCGGGGCAGAAAUCUCUUUUCAGUUGGGUCGUUGGUUCUCGUGGGCGGGGACGAGGCUGAAUGACACCAUUGACGAAUAGAAAUCUGAAAUUAGCCACAUAGAAACAAGGAAUGAAUGGUGUUAAUGCUUCUGAUGAGGAUUACCAAGAGUUUGUUGAGGUUGAUCCUACUAGAAGAUAUGGAAGAUAUAAUGAAAUUCUCGGCAGAGGAGCUUCAAAGACAAUAUAUAGAGCCUUUGAUGAGUAUGAAGGGAUUGAAGUGGCAUGGAACCAAGUGAAGCUAUAUGAGUUUUUGAGGAACCCUAAAGACCUUGAGAGGCUCUACCGUGAAAUUCAUCGAUCUCCUCAAGACCUUAAACCAUAAUCACAUCAUGUUGAAGAAAGAUAAUCUGACCUCUCCUCUAUUCUCUCUACCCUUUUUGUUUUUUUUUUUUAAUCUGACCUCUCCUCUAUUCUCUCUACCCUUUUUGUUUUUUUUUUUUGAGUUUUAAAUCUUUCUCUUCUUUAUCGAAGGUCUGGAGAUGGAGAGAGUGCUGGUUGUUUUUGGAAGAAGAAGACGGAGAUAACUGGAAGAAGAAUAGGUAAAAAGAAAAAAAGAAAAGAGAGAGAGAGAAAAAAAAAAUAAAUAUAAAAGAAAAAAAUAAGUGAGGGUAUAAUAGACAUUUCAAUGCGUAAGGAAUGUCACGUUAGCAAUUUAGCGGAGAAUUGACGGCAAUUACCAAUUGGGUGAAAUUGAAGAGUUUAAGGACUUUUUAGGUGAAAUUGAAAGGAGAAGGAUUGAAACGUCUACUCCCUAUAAGUACAGGGAGUAAAUAGUAUUUUGUCCGAAUAUUAAUGUUCCUACGGUUGUUGCCUUAGGAAAAGUGUUGCCUUUAAAUUUAGUUACAAGUAGUAAGGGUUGCCUCAUUGACAUCUUGAGUGAUGAAUCAGACCUUAUCUUAUGGAUUAGAUA